AUGAAAAAAACGACAUGUAUCAUAACUGUGUUAUUGUUAAUCAUCCUGGCCUGUGUUGGCACAUGGAUUGGUCUGAAUGUACAUUCAUUGCACCGGGAUCCCAAGAAAGAUCAUACUCCAACCAGACUUGGCAGGGACCAUAUCAUCAAGGAUAAGCUGAACUUGGAAAAGGAUUUAUCCGUUGACUUUGACAAAAUAAAAAGUAUGGAUGAAUUAAAAUUGGCACUCAAAUUAUAUGCCAAAGAGAAUGAUAUAGAUGAGGCAGAAUUUUUCCUUAAACCUGAAGUCAAAAACAUCAUAACCAAAUAUUCUAAUAGUAUAAGCACCGAGGUUAAAAAAACCUCGGAGGAAAAUGUCAGUAAUAUUUUGGCUGAAUUGGGUAUAACCCCAGAUACAAAGUUGGACAAGAAUACUAGGAAAAAAAUUCUUCAAGUAUUUAAAGAGAAGUUUGGCAUAGACCUAGAACCCCUUCUCAAUGACAAAGAGGUUAAGAGAGAUAUUAAGAACUUGGAAACUGUCUUCAAAAUUGAUUUUUCCCAAAUAUUGGAAUCACAAUCUGUGGGUGAAUUGUUUAAGAAUUUGUUCAAGGGAUUGAUUAUUGAGUACAAGGAUAAACAUUCACUGCAAUUCGAUGGGGAAGUAUUUGAUAAGGUGAAGGAUAGCUUAGGCAAUAUAUUUGGAAAGAUCUCUAUCGUUGAUAACAAGCCCUCUGUCACUACCAAAUCCAUACAGACAGCAAAGGAAUCUGCUCCAGAAUCUUCUCAGGAAUCUGUAUCAAGAAAUGAACUAGCCAAUAAGGAAUCUCCAGCUGCAAGGAAGGUUGAAAAGCAGGAGCUAAAGGAACAAAAGAAAACUGAAAUUGGUAAAGACGUAUAUAGUGAUACUCAUGGCACUAUAGUAGAACGACCAUUAAUUGAAAAACAACCCAGUGAAGAUACUUCUAAAUAUAAACCACCAUCCACGCACACUAUUAGCCAUACUGAUAAAAACAUUGCUAAAGAACCUAGGGGUGAUAAAACAUCUGAUCCUAUGAAGGAUGUAGAAGACAUUAAAAGAUCAUUAGAAGAAACAGAUCAACUGGAAAAAUUUAAAGCUGAAACGGAAAACAGCGAAAGUAUUCGAAAAAUGGUUUCAGAGAUAAACCAAAUCAUCAAACCAGGAAAAGAUUGGGUAAAUGUGCAGCAAGAAAGAGUUAAAAUUGAAAAGAUGGUGAAUGAAGCACAAAAAUUAUUGAGAUCUAGCAAACCUUCAACUGAUGGACAUACAAGCAUUACCCAGAAUAAAUUAUUGAAUUCUGAUAUGAACGAGACGAUACGCAAAGAAAGGGAAGACCUGCAGAAGAUAACCGAUGAAAUAAUUAGCACAUUAAAGGAGGCCCAAAGAAUUGAAAAAGAGAAUAAGGAAAAGGAGGAAGGAGAGCUACAAAUACAACCGAAAGAAAAUGAUAUUAAAGAUAAGAGCAACUCAGAUAGUGCUAUAACUGAUAAUGGGAAAGGCAGUUCAACUAAGAUUAAAAAGAAGACUAAGAAACCCAAGGGGCUAUCCGACGGAGAUAAGUUGCUAAAGGAAAUUAUCGAAAAAGAUGCAAAGGAGAAUAAGGCCCUGGAGGAAAUGGCAAAGAUUACAAAGGAACAAUAUGCUAACGUCUAA